AUGUCAUUACUUAUGAUUCGUGGGUUCCAAACUUUUCAGACUUGGAUCCUCCAAUAUUUCCCGUGCAUCUCUGGUUGGGCGAGUGUACUAACUUACUCUGAAGAUAUGUCGUAUGCUACUGCAUUUUCCCCGUUCCGUCGGAACCAAGAGACUGAGCUGUUCAAAGUGUAUCUUAACCGCUUGGUUACAGAGGACAUGCACUUCAACAGUUAUGCCGAUCACUGUGAGACGCAGCCAUUUGACGAGAUAGUGUUGUACUUUGGAUGGUUGGCUUGUGGAUCGCAUCUCACUACUACUCACUUGCCCGAGCAUGUCAUGCGGAAGUUUGGCUACACUCAGACCAUUCCCAAACAUCCUGUUGUCUCUACUCCUCCUACUUUGACAUGUAGACAAAUGAAUGACAUGUUUGAUGAUUAUGAGAGUCAUCUGGUACUAUAG